UGUCGAAUUUUUUACCCUCGGGAUCGAUGUCUUUGACGUCGAAAAUAUCCUCAAACAAAACUCCUGCCAUGUUGAAAUCAAAUUGACCAGGCGUUCUACGCUAGAAAGAACUACGAAAACUGUCUACGGGAGGGUAGAGGAGGUAUCUUGUAAAAUAGAAACUUGAACAUUCGGGAAAUUUUUCAACAACAAAUUGCUUACAAAAUUGACGCUUUUUGGCUAAAAUUUUCAAGUAAAGCUAUUAAACUUGCUUUUCACAAAAAUAUCACCGCGAAUUUGGAUACAACUGGUGGGCAACUAAGCCAGACCCCACUGGGUAAGGCUGCUAUCGUUCGGGUUGGCCUGGCUCUAGCGUUUCCACGUGAGGCUUCAAAAUGGCGGAUGCUGAAGAUAGCACUCCAGCAAAAUCGCAUAGAAAAAGGCAAGCUGGUCCGAAGGCUGACCGAAAGAAAAACAGGAAACACUUACCAGAGGAUGCUAGUGCCCAAAGAAAUCCCAAGGCUUUCUCGUUUAAGUCGGCAGUCAAAGCAGCAAGGCAGUUUCGUCGAAAACAAGAUGUUGAAACCAAGCGACAUCAUGAACCAGUUGUCGAUCGAACACCGUUACAAGCUCCACCUUACAUCAUAGCAGUGGUGGGACCGCCUAAAGUGGGUAAAACCACGCUUAUCAAUUCAUUACUGAAGAACUUCACCCGUCAACAGUUGUCUGAUGUUAAAGGUCCUAUCACCAUUGUCUCAGGGAAGAAAAGACGACUUACUUUGCUUGAAUGUAACAAUGACAUUAACUCUAUGAUUGAUGUGGCUAAAGUUGCUGAUCUGGUUCUUCUGCUGAUUGAUGCUAGCUUUGGUUUUGAGAUGGAAAUUUUUGAAUUCCUGAAUAUCUGUCAAGUCCAUGGCUUUCCCAAGAUUAUGGGAGUCUUAACCCAUCUUGAUCUGUUGAAGAAUAAUAAAGCUCUGAAAAAGACCAAGAAAAAGCUUAAAACUAGGUUUUGGACUGAAGUUUAUCAGGGAGCAAAGCUGUUUUAUUUGUCUGGUCUGGUUUAUGGUUCUUAUCCCAAAGUGGAGAUUCAUAACUUGGGAAGAUUUAUUUCUGUAACAAAGUUCCGACCACUGACCUGGCGAGUUUCACAUCCUUACAUCUUAGCAGACAGAAUGGAGGAACUAACAGACCCAGAGCUCAUUCGUCAAAAUGCCAAGUGCGACAGGAAAGUUUCUUUAUAUGGCUAUGUAAGAGGAGCUCAUCUGCAACACAAUUCCAGAGUACAUAUCAUAGGUUGUGGAGACCACACUCUUGAAGAGAUAAGUCUUUUACCAGACCCCUGUCCUCUGCCAAAUGCAGAGAAGAAGAGGUCUCUGAAUGAGAAAGAACGUCUCAUGUAUGCACCUUUAUCUGGAGUUGGAGGAGUUGUUUAUGACAAGGAUGCUGUGUACAUUGACCUUGGUGGAAGUCAGGCAGCGCGAGAAAAAUCCCAGUCCUCCGCUCAGGUUGACAGUCAGCCAGGAAAUGAACUGGUGUCAUCUUUAAUUGGCGCAAAACAAACUAUUGACACUAAAAUGAUGACAAGCCAUCUCACAUUGUUUACGGAUGGUGCUCAAAUUGCUCCUGAUGAAGUUGUUGAAGAUGAAGACUAUAAAAAACCUUCUGAGAAAGUUGUUAUAGAUAAGAAUGGCCGUGCAAGAAGGAAAGCUAUGUUUGGCGAUGAAGAUGAUGUAGAUCUGGAUGGUGAUGCAGAAAAUGUAAGAAGUGAAGAGGAAGAUGGUGUGGAUAUGGAGAAUUUUGGUAAUAAUGAUGAUGAGGACAUUGCUGAUGAUGGUAACGAUGAUAUUGAUGGCAGUGGCAAUGAGAAGGAGGAGGAGGAGGAUGACAAGGACAACGACAACGAAAAUGAGAUUACAGAUGAGGAUGAUGAUGAUGAAAUAGUAUUUAACUUCAAAUCUCAAAAGAAGUCCAAACAAUCUCUAUAUGAGGCAAAGUCAUUGCAGAAACAAACUGCAUCAGCAGAAAGAACUAACAAAAUUCAUAAAGAAGUUGAAUCAGACGAAGAUUCAGGACAAGAGGAAAGGGACAGAAGUUAUGAAAUGGAAUCUGAUGAUCAGGACAGUUCAAAUGUCAAUGAGAAUUCAGUUGAAACCUCAGAAUCAGAUGAUGAGUUGCCUAAAGCAAAAAGAAAGAAGAAAGAUGACUCUGGAAAGGGAACGGAUAAAAAGAAGCUUAAAAAGGAAACAUUGUCAUUAGAACACGUGCCUGUAGAAGAUGUUUCUACCAAAAGAAAAAAAGGUACCAAAUUAAACAAAACAAACAUGAUGGAAGGAACUGAAGGAACUGAGGAUAACUCUUCGAAAAAAUCAAGUCUUAGUAAACAUUCAACGACACAUCCUGAAGAGGACAAUGAUGACAGUGAUGGAAAGGCAGAGUCAGAAAGCUUGGAUGAUUCAGAUGAAAGAACUCUUGAAGAAUCAAGUCUUGAAAUGGAAAACGAGGAAGAAGAAGAAGGUGUCUUAAGAUGGAAAGAAAAUCUGGCACAAAAAGCUGCAGCUGCCUUCCUCCAACGUCAACAGGACACUCCAAAUUUACAGAAGCUUGUGUAUGGAAAUGUUCUCCAUAAAAACAAGAAAGAACCGGAUGUGAACGAUGAUAGUGAUGACGACACUGUUGGAGGUAUUUUUAGACUAAAGUCCAAGAAAGAUUCUCAAAACACUGGCACUAUGCAUGAGAGGGACUGUUCACUAGAGGUGAUCAGUGCGCAGCUGAGAGACUGGAGCCAACCAGAAGUAUUGGACAGCAUCCGGGACUGUUUUGUGACUGGCAAGUGGAAAGAUUCAGAAGAUGCAGAGAUGCUUCUUCAGGAUGAUGAUCAAAUGUCAGACGAGGACGUGUUUGGAGACUUUGAGGACCUGGAAACUGGUGAAGUUCAUAAGGCUGAUGACGAUGAACACUCAGAGGGGGAGGGGCAGGGAGAUGAAAACGACGAAAGUGAACAGAGUAAGACUGGAGGAGAGGAGAGGAGACUUGAGAAGAAAAAGAAACAGAAAGCGGCAUUUGAUGCAGUAUACGACGAAGGAGAUGAAAUUUCAUAUUAUGAGGAUCUUAAAGCACAGAUGACAGAACAAGCCCAGCUCAAUCAAUCGGAGUUUCAAGAUAUGGAUGAUGAGGUUCGUGUGCAGUAUGAAGGAUUCAGACCAGGAAUGUAUGUCCGAGUGGAGUUGAGUGGAAUGCCGUGUGAGUUUGUCACCAACUUUGAUGCCAAAUAUCCCGUCAUUCUUGGCGGCCUCCUCUCCAGUGAAGAUAACAUGGGCUUUAUUCAGGUGCGCUUAAAAAAGCAUCGUUGGCACAAGCGCAUUCUCAAGACACGGGAUCCGCUGAUCAUGUCUGUUGGCUGGCGCAGGUUCCAGACGCUUCCAAUGUACUCGGUCCAGGACCACAACGGCCGGCAUCGACUGCUGAAAUACACCCCAGAACACUUGCAUUGUAUGGCCACCUUAUUUGGUCCCAUAGCUGCCCCAGGAACUGGUGUUCUCGCUAUUCAGAGCACGGCUGGCAACAUGGCAGACUUUCGUAUUUCGGCCACGGGCACUGUGUUGGACUUAGAUAAGUCUGUACAGCUGGUCAAGAAACUCAAGUUAACAGGGACACCCAUGAAGAUAUUUAAAAACACCGCAUUUAUCAAGGGUAUGUUUAAUUCUGCUUUGGAAGUGGCAAAAUUUGAAGGUGCUACAAUCCGAACUGUCAGCGGUAUCAGAGGACAAGUGAAGCGUGCGCUGAAGACUCCAGAGGGUGCUUUCCGAGCAACAUUUGAGGACAAAAUCUUAAUUAGUGAUAUUGUCUUCAUAAGAACGUGGUACCCAGUCACCGUGCCUAACUUCUACAACCCCGUGACGUCACUACUGCUGCCUCCAGAUCAGAAGGAAACGUGGCAGGGCAUGCGCAGUGUAGGCCAGUUGAGAAGAGAUCUGGGCAUGAAAGCUCCAUUUAACAGUGAUUCAUUGUACAAGCCUGUGGAACGCGAGACUCGUCACUUUAAUCCACUCGUGAUUCCUGCUAAACUUCAAAAGCAGUUGCCAUUUAAAUCGAAACCUAAACAGAUGAAGAAAAGGACCAAGCCUUCUUUGGAAACGAAGCGUGCUGUUGUCAUGGAACCGCACGAGAAGUCGGCUUUUACUCUCAUGCAACAACUCUACACUGCAAACAAAGAGAAACUACGAAAGCGAAAGGCGAAACUGCAAGAAAGAAGAAAUGUCUUCCACGCAGAACAAGAGAAAAAGAAUGUCAAGCGACUUCAGAAGCAGAGAGAAGAAAGAAAAAAGAUCUUUAGGAUGAUGGGACGGGCUGAACAACGGAAAAAGAAAACCUAAUUCAUAACAAACUCACUAAGUGUUCAUUAUUUAUUGGGUUAUAUCUGAUAUUAGUAUAAAUCUACUAGCGUCCUAUUACGACCGUUCUCUGAUUGACUACGCUACUUACUAUCUAUUCUGUUGUAAAUAGUGAGUGGACCAGCAGUGUGUGCUGGGGGCCGCAUCUUUGUGUGAUCGAAGUACCUUUGAAGAGGAUUUAGAUUAAAGUUUUGAACAACUACUAGAUUUAUACUAAAACAACUAGAUUAUUCGUUCUCG